AUGCCACCACCAAAUACCCCAGAGGAAGGCUUGCUUCCCCCUCAGUCGGAGCCCUCGAGAAUCGCGUCCAUUCUGGCGACGGCAACCCCACCUCCAGUAGAUUCAGCGCCUGAGCAGGCCCCCUCGCCUGAGGCUGCUGCUACCACCACCACCACCACACACACAGUCGUCCCUUCGUCACCAGAGGACCCUGCGCUCCUCGAGAUAGACUACCAGAUCCUCGAGUAUCUCGACGCAGUAGAUGAGACGCUUCUGUGCCCAGUGUGCAAAACACCAUUUCAUGAACCCAUAACCACAUCAUGCGGUCACACAUUCUGCGCCUGGUGCAUCAACCGAGCCCUUGACAUCCAGCCAACAUGUCCCAUCGACCGUCAGCCGCUCACAAAGACGCGUGACUAUCAUCGGCCACCGCUGAUCAUCAAAGAUCAACUCGAUCGCCUCAAAGUCAAAUGCCCCAACAAGGGCUGCGAUCACAUCUGCCCUCGGGAGCAUCUCGACAGCCAUUAUGAGCGCCGCUGCGAGCACACCAUGGUGCGCUGCCCCGACGCCAGAUGCAGGAAGAGAAUUGCCCGCCGCCACGUCCAGGGACCUGCCAGCACCUGCAUGCAUCGCGAGGUGUCAUGCCGAUACUGUGACGAGAGGGUGGCGCUGGUGGAUCUGAACACACACUACGACUUCCUCUGCAGCGGAGCAACAACAAAGUGCUCGGCGUGCGAAGCAACCGUCGUUCUCCAUCGCAUGGAGAAGCACUGCGCCGAAGACUGUCUGGAAACGCAGGUACGGUGCAAGUGGCACAUUGCCGGCUGCAAGGUCGACGAUAAACGGUACCUGGUUCAAGAACAUGAGACUGGCUGCCCCUACGAGAUUAUUGGGGAACUCCUCAAGCAACGGGCCGAGGACCGCCGGAUAAUCGACAACCUCACCGAUCGCUUGGUGGCUUUGGAGACGGAACGGCGAGAGCAUCAGGAACGACGCGCUCGUCGGCGAGAACUCUCCCGCCAGGCACCAAAUACGUCCCACGGAGCAGACGCAAUCGACCUCUCCGCUCCCGAUCCCUCCACUUUCUUUUACGACAUGGAAUGGAGACCAGACCUUUCCAACGUGGGAGCAGGCGAGAAUAGAUCAUGGGGCUCACCCGAAGACUACAUGCUUGCCCGCUUCGAGCGACUGGAAAGCCGGAUGGAGGACCUUUCCAAGCAGGUGGUUGAGCUGGAUGCGCACCAGUCCAUGAGUAUGCUACAGCAGAUCAUGCCACUCAACCAGCAGCUCGUCGAACUAGGCAGCAAGGUGGGCGUCCUGAACAUGCACACUACCUGGUUGAUGAACAUGCAGAGACACAACCAUCUCCAGCAGCGAGCCGGAGCAGUGAGCUCGUCAGGAAGCGGCAUGGGCAAUUCUGGAAUGGCGUCAAUGUCGCAAAUGUCAUCCGCCAACGAUAUCAACAACAACUUCCCUGUCAGGUUAACAGAGGGCGGACUGCCAUACCGGACUACAGCUAGCCGCCGGAACAGUGAUGGGAGAGGAGAGCCACCUCCCCGGCUGUGA